AUAUUGAUCUCAGACUGUUGUCGACGUUUGACUGUAUUCGCUUAGAGAAACAUGGCUGAAACCGCUCCAGCUGCCCCGCCGGCUAAAGCUCCUAAGAAGAAAGCGGCGUCCAAACCCAAGAAAACGGGUCCAAAUGUCCGCGAUCUCAUCGUCAAAACUGUGACCGCUUCCAAGGAGAGACACGGCGUGUCCCUCGCAGCCCUGAAGAAAGCUCUUUCUGCCGGCGGCUACGAUGUGGAGAAGAACAAUUCCCGCGUCAAAACCGCCGUCAAGGCUUUGGUACUCAACGGCACUCUGGUCCAGCCCAAAGGCACAGGCGCCUCCGGUUCAUUCAAGCUAAACAAGCAAGCCGAGCCCAAGAAGCCAGCGGCCAAGAAAACUGCAGUGAAAGCAAAGAAGCCUGCAGCAAAGAAACCCGCCGCCAAGAAGUCGCCGAAGAAGGUGAAGAAACCGGCCGCCGCGAAGAAAGCGACAAAGAGUCCCAAGAAAGCCAAGAAGCCUGCAGCUGCUAAGAAAGCAACAAAGAGCCCCAAGAAAGCGAAGAAACCAGCGGCUGCCAAGAAAGCAACUAAGAGCCCCAAAAAGGUUGCAAAACCCAAAACGGUCAAGCCAAAGGCAGCCAAGCCUAAGAAGGCCGCUCCCAAGAAGAAGUAAAUCUUUUUCUCUUUCCCAAUUAAACAAAAAGGCUCUUUUAAGAGCCACCCA